AUGGGUCAGAUCGCGUCUCUAGGACGAAGUAACGCGGCAAAUGUGCCCAGUGCUGUGGAUGAUGAGGACGAGAAGUGCGAGAUGCAUCGAUUCUCCAGCCAUCCAGGCGCAUUUUUUGGGUCAUAUUUUUUGUUGGGAGGCGAACGAUAUGAUUUGGCAAAGCCGGAAGCGUUUUUGUUCGGAGAAAACACUGACUUGGAUGUUCUUGGCAACAAACCGGUGCAGUUCCCGUACUCAAGCCAGCCAGUUAAUGAUCCUGUAAGGACGCUGAAUGCCCUGAUCAAUCUGCGCCGAGAUUCUCUGAAAUUAACAAAGAGCAAGUGCGGCAGCUCGGAUGGCGCUAAGAAUUCACUUUGUUUGGAAUUCUAUUUCGACUGUGACAGUGCUUGUUAUGUGCAAAUUCAUUUCUUCGCCAAGGAAUUUAUAAGCGAUGGACGUGUGCAGUACAUGCAUUACGAAAAUGGCUCGUAUUUUCCAAUUGUGAUUGAGAUCCGUGCUGUGGACUGUGGUAUUGAGCAGAUGCAGUCAACCAUGGCUAGCAUUGAGCGUGCUACCGACCAGUGUGCUUCGUUUGUUGUGAAGCCGCUACGACAGAAGCUGGUAGCUGAUGGCGUAGUUUAUCUGCUGCAAGAGAUUUACGGGAUCGAAAAUAAGGAGCAAGAUCUUGGCGAUGAAAAUGGCUCGGAGUGUAUCAUUUGCAUGUCCGAUAUUCGGGAUACAGUGAUCCUUCCGUGCAGGCAUUUAUGCAUUUGCAAUGGUUGUGCGGAAACAUUGAGGUAUAAGCUGAAUAAUUGUCCCAUAUGUCGUUCUCCGUUUCGCGCACUGCUGCAGUUGAAGACGAUGCGUGUCGUGAGCACUGUCUCGAUAACUGAUCAGUUACCGUCUUCACAACAGACUCGCUCACAGACAAGGUACGAGACAAUGACACUGGUGGAAGCAUUAAAUGGACCGGUAAGUCACAUACAGUCCUGUGUGGUUCCCACUGCCCAACUUGGAUAUAAUAUCGACACCUGUCACGAUUUUGCAACAUCCCUCAAUUCAAAGACUACGAGACGCUCUUCGCGGACGUCCACCGGCAUACAGCAGGUUCCUGCUUCUAAUAAUAAUAGAGUAUUCAAAUACUGGACAUUCUUGUUUAUAACUGAUACCGAUGAACACUGGGAAAAAGCCAUACGUAUAGUUUUGCUCCGCCAGGUGCUAACGCUAGGCAACCAAGGUCGAAACAGAAAGGAAGAUGGGACUAUUUGCAUAGAAAUGAAGCCAACUGAUCAGUAUGUCAAGGCAAACUCCGUAGAUUUCGAAUUACAGGAAGAAGAGCUGUCCGGUGGAUGCUCAACAAGUCGUUGUUGUCCGACUUCCCCUCCCGAUAUUCCAUAUUCACCAGUUUCUUCACACAGACGUCGUCAUAAAAAGGAACGAACUUUAUCACGACACGAGGAUAGCAAACAUCUCACAGAGGGUGAUUCCAGAGAGCUAGCGAGAAGGAACUCUGACACAGCAACAGCGGACAGCCGGAAUUCUUAA